AUGGAAAGUGGAUCUUUCGAAUUUUCUCCUGAUCGCAAGCAUCCUCCUUACAAGUCUCCUAUGGAGAAACGCGAGGACAAGGAACUGCUGCAAAAGUAUACGAACAUGAAGGUUUAAAAAUAGGUUUCGUAAUUUCCAACUCAUUUGAAAAGCCGUUAGUAAAGCAGUUUGGAAAGCAACAAAUGUUUUAAGAUUGAAGAUAAAGAGGAAAAGAAAUCGCAUGCUAUCAAAACGAUCGAAGCCUUAACGGCUUCGGCUCUCCAGAAUAAGCGUGAGUUAGAUAUGUGUUUUCGAUUUAUGUAAACAGUUUCCGAUGCCUCGGUCCCAGCUAAUGAAAUGGUCCUGGCGAUAGAGUAUCCGGACUCGGACGUGGAAACUGAUAAGAAGGUAAGUUCUAUGAUGAGAAAAAGCUGUUAAUACCUGGAUUUAGACUGGAAAACUGCCAGGAGGUCCGUUCACAAGCUCGCAGAUGAGCAGCCUCGAAAUUUUCUACAAGAAAAAUCGGUUUGCGCAUGACAUCGAAGUCAAAAAAUUCAGUGACUUCAUAAAAGAAAACCACGUAGAUGUCGAGGUAGGACUAAAAAAAAGGAAGCCCUUCAUUUUCAUUCAAGAUGUGGCUGGAAGAACGGCGCAAGAUAUCACACAUGAAGUACUUGAGCUCGGGACUUGAAGACAUCGCAUUCGACUUCUACGAAGAAGCCGUUAUGAUUGCCGAUGGUCACUCGUUUCUUCAAUUCAACUUCCUUUCUUUUAAAUUUUCUCUCAUUAUUUGAACUUUUUUUCAGUAUAUCUUAAGAAAAAGUUUAGCAAAUGUUUAAGGGCUCCGACUGGAAAUCCCAUCAGUUAUUGAUAAGUCCUACUUCAACAUAGACAACUUCAACGUCAUGAAGAAAGAAGUAGGCUCAGUGGCUUAUUUUUUAACGCGAAAAAGCUUGCAGAAAGCGGAGAAACUAAAAAUGGCCCCGAAGUUGAGCUUGUCGGUCGCUUCUGGAUUCGUGGAAGUAAAUUCUGACGGCGGCACUUUGAAGAUAAUCGUCAGGAACGCGGGCUUCUCUCCUUUAGUUUAUCAGGCAUUUCACAGUUUCCGCAGCCGCAGAUACGAGAUUAACGUUCAGAUCAAAAUUUCCAACCCGAAUAGCUAUCGUGUGUCUCCGGUUCAAGCUAUUUUGAACGACGAGGAAGAGCUUACCAUGUCCAUAGAAAGAAAGGUAAUAAUAAAAUUAGGGGAUACGCAAGUUUCGCUUUUAGGCGGGACCACCUGGAUGGGACCGUAUUUGCGUGGAGUUUGGCCUUGUGCCUGAAGGCGUCAUUGAUGCUCGCGCCGCUGCCAACAGAACUAAAAUCGUCGGCCGAGAGUUCGUCCGCAUCCGCGCCAUCCCGCUCGAAGAACUCAGCGUCGCCAAAUGA